AUGUUACUUCCACUUAGCUUGCUACAGAGCCACAGCCACGCCACCCGCAACUGUACAUACGAAAGGCAGAAUGUGGAGGGUGUUGUGGACACGAACCUCCUGCGUGACGUUGGUGGUUGUGUGGUGAAUGGUGUGGCGUUUUGUGAAGCACCUAAUUCUGUGCAACUUCCUACCCUCUUUUUCCCUCGACUGUGUGCAAAGGGGAGUAAUAGAAUGAGGCGUAAGUUAAAGUUGCGGAUCAUCUCCACCUUCGAAUUUGGUUUCUGUCGCCCAUCUUUGCGCUAUCUUUCUUGUGUUUGGAACAUUAUUGCUGUAGUAUUUCCCCGCAGGUUGUAUGUCUUGAUGAUUCACCGAGAGUUAGCAGAUUCUAUUGCACAACUAGAAAGGGAUCUACGCAUAGCCGAUGUUAACGGAUCUGGUUUCGUGUCAAAUGCCGGUUUUGAGAAGGCACUGUUGCUUAACGGUGGUUCGAUAGGACAUAUUGAGGCUCUAAUAAAACAGUACGGGUCCGAGGAACACGGCGAAGUUCACUAUGCGCGAUUUCUCAAAAAUAUGAAAUGCCUUGCCAGUGGCUCUGCAGGGCCUUCGUCAAUUACUUGUGGUGGGGGUGAUAUGCCCAACUCUGUUGCUAGUCAGCAGUGUCAGGAAACAGGGCUGGCAUCGCCAUGUGCGGGGCAAGCGGUGCCUCCACUAAAGCGCUGCCCGACUCCGCAUCGAUGCCCAAUGGAUAUGGUUUGUUGUCGUGAGAGGAUUUGUGAUAGAUGCGAUGAAAAUAUCCUUACUAGUACCCCCAGUGGUCAAAAUGUUUGCAUAGAAACUCAUAAAGGUGCUGUGUGCACAUAUGAACUUUGCCCGAAUUGUGCGCAUCCCCUUCCAGUCGAGAUGCGCGAGAUAGUGGCGGAUAGAAAAUGCUGCGUUGCGAAGCCAACGAUUACGGACACGCCCAACACUUUCACGACGAGCACGUGGUCAUGUUCUGUUAUGGAAGGGAAAGGGGACAAAGCGAAACCGAUGUCAUUUUUUUCCACCACUACAGCUGGCUGCACAGAUGCUGUGGUUGUGGAACCGGUGCAAAACAAUAGAGCCUCACUAAAUCAGGGCGAACGUCAGAAGUCGUUGGUAGAAUACGGGAAGACAUCAUGUGCUGUGGGUGCGGUGGAGGUUGUGGUUUCUCCUGAUGCAUGGUCAGCUGGAUCGGACAGACUUAUCCCCCUCCGCGAAGUGUUUCUCGUUAUCAGUCACGAGUAUUGUGGUGAAGUUACACUUCAAAGUGUGUGGGAAGCAUUUAAGUGCCGCGGAAUCGACGUCCCAUUUGUAGAAUUAGAAAUACUCGCGGAUUCACUGGGCUUACGUGCUUCGCGUACUGAGGUUGAGUGUUGCACCUCAGGCACAUGCGUUAGCGGUGCUAGAACACUUGGUGUUGUAGAUUUCUGUCUUCUGGUUGCGCGGAUGCGCUCUACCCUGAUCGAGCGUAUUCGCCGGUCCUCCCUGUGGGGAUCGGUGAGAACAAAGCUGCUAUCGAAUCAAAUCCCUCGGAUAGGAGUGGCGAAUGCCAGCGUUGCGGCGCAAAAACAAAUAGGGAACGAUGACCGUGACCCCAAUACUGCUGGAAGGACAGACGGAAUGCAUAUGGAGCAGCCGGUGGCACUCGAUGCUUGUUCCUCUUCAUUACCUGCGCCAUCCCGUUCGUCGCCGGCGAGUGAGGCACCAGGGGACUGCAAGCAAGAUGGGUUUCCGCCCGCGUGCUUGUCGACAAUGGCGGUUGAAAGCAAAGCGACUUUUGAGAGGACCCUGGGUGGAUCCCAAAAGGCGAAAGACGGCUGUGGCACUUCAGUGGCUGUGGCAUCAUCGGUAGCAGAGGGUGUCGAACCGACGGCGUGUGCCAAUGGUGAAUCCAUCGCAACGCAAGGGUGCUGGCCGUCGUCUUCCAACUUGAAAUUUGCGCCACCGCGCCCCGAGAGCAACGGAUACGUCUACACGAAUGUUCAACAGAUGCACCUGCAGCCAACAGAAGGCCAUUUCAUGACACCUGUCAAACAAACAAGCGGCUCGUAUAGUUUAUAUUGUUGCCACAGCCGCUGUGGCUGCCCAAAUCUAGCCUGCCAUAAUCUUCCGCAAUCCGAAUUGGAUUUGGUGGCGGGGGGAAAUCAAUCCAAGGAGUGUACGGACAUUUUGGGGAAUCUGGUCGCCGGUGGCCGGGGGCUCUACAACCGGUGUGGGAGCCAGCCCACGGUAGGAAUUCGUAAGUACACGUCACCCGACGGCAAUGGGCAAUGCGAUGGCGCAGCUUUAGGAUGUUUGGCCAGCGAAGGCACCCCAUAUACGUCAUGUAGGUCGGUGCCAGAGGCAGCAUCAAUGCAGCUGUAUGUGCCAACAAACCCCUUAAGGCCUCCCUGUGAGUGUGACGACCAUGAAGGGCAGCAAGGCGCCGCUGGACCGAGGGGGGACCCCGAAGUAGCAGCCUCAGCAUGCGCUGCUGAAGAAGGUACCAGAAUAUCGAACCAUUCGGCUGUGUGCCCAACACCGGAUCAUUGUGUUCACCACACAGGCGGAGAAAAUGACGAGGUUGCAAGUGUGGCUGCUCCCCCAGCCGUUGUUCCUCCGGUGGUAGCCCCUACUGUUGAGACUAGGGUAGGGCCGUCCACCUCGUCACAACCUAACGGUAACCGGAAGGAGCAAAGAGAGCUUGUGUCCGCUACCUCCGGUACUCGGACUUGUCCAGUAUCUCGCGAUGAAGGUGUGGGGCAGAAGAGUGCGAAGGGGCCUAGGUCAGCAUCGGCGGACAAAAAAAUUUCACCCUAUUCGUACCUUUACAAGGCCUGCUCUGACUCGGGGACCAGGGGUAGGUCCUGUGCAGCAUGCGAUGCGCGGCAUGUUCCGGGUCCGUCGACGCAGUCAUCCGCUCCUAAGGGUCUUCGAGAGCGGAAAAGGGCGACGUCAAUUGGCCCGGUGCAACAACCCGUUACACAGCCAAAGUUGUUCAAGGAGGGAGACCAGCGGGUUGGCAAAGCGUCGCCCGAACCGAUAUCGAAAGAUGCCUUACCAAAGCUCCGGGGGAGGUAUCCUAACCUGCUUUCGCAUUGCAGCCGCUUAGACCCGACACAUAGCGGGUGCGUUUCGCGGGAGCAGCUCAGAGAGGCACUUCACCUGGCCGUUCCAAGCCUGGCAGCAGAGGAAGUCGAGGCGCUCGUACGUGCAAGUGCGGAAGGAGGAGAAUGCGAAGAGAGGUGCAACUAUGUUUCGCUCACCAACCGCCUUCUCGACAUGGAGCAAACUGCCCAACAAAAUGGGCAGGGCUGCAGUUCAGACAAGCGCUGUGACGGGAUGCAGGGAUCGAUCGAAUCGUCUGCAGGCGUUGGUGGCGGCACGGACAAAUUGACUACAGGAAAUGUCGCGAAUGGGGGCCGGUCAAGGAUACAUCGACUGCUACAGAACGAGUUAGUCAAUGCUUCUGGUGGGGACCGGCAGCAUCUUCUGAAUAUAUUCUUUGCCCAAGAUGAUACCCGCACGGGGUACUUGGAGGAAAGUGUCUUCCGCAAAUGCCUUGUACAGCUAUUUCAGAGAGGUCGGCGGGAGCUCUCCACAUGUUUACUGGAUCAAUACGUGCGACUCUGCCGUACCCCUUUUGAACGGAAAACCGUCAGAGUUCAAACUGCUCCAGCGUGUGGGAAGCAAGCGACUCACGAAAUAGUCUCGCCUCCGAGUUCUUCUGAAGAGAGGGCUGCUCGACAACGGGUGCGUAGCAUUCCCAAACCACUCUGGGCUGUUCUUUGUGAUUACCGAUAUAUGAUUGAAGAGUUGAAAGUAUAG